GAAGAAAAAUAAUUUGUUUAAAAGAAAGGAGCUGGUGGAAUCACAUGGGGCAUUAGUUUAUCUCUCUCCCCUGGGUUGUCCGCCAAUCUUCUCCGCCUUCUUCUUCUUCUUCAUCAUCAUCAUCAUCAUCCCCUUGUUUCUUUUUUUUUCUCCUUCUGUGAAUCUUCUGUUACACUGUCUCCGAUUAUAUCUUUGUGUUUAUUUUCCUUGGGUGAUCUUCAUGGCCGAUGAUAAGGAAAUGUCUGCCCCUGUUGUGGAUGGGAAGGAUCCUGUUACUGGUCACAUCAUUUCAACUACAAUCGGAGGCAAAGAUGGAGAACCUAAACAGACUAUUAGUUAUAUGGCGGAGCGCGUUGUGGGGACUGGAUCGUUCGGGAUUGUUUUCCAGGCAAAAUGCUUGGAAACAGGAGAAACCGUGGCUAUAAAGAAGGUUUUGCAAGACAGAAGAUACAAGAAUCGUGAACUGCAAUUGAUGCGUGUGCUGGAUCAUCCGAAUGUGAUUUCCUUGAAGCAUUGUUUCUUUUCCACAACAACUAAGGAUGAGCUCUUCCUUAACUUGGUUAUGGAAUAUGUACCGGAGAGCAUGUAUAGGGUUUUGAAACAUUACAGCAGUGCAAAUCAAAGAAUGCCACUUAUCUAUGUGAAACUUUACACGUACCAGAUACUCAGGGGGCUUGCAUACCUCCAUAGUGUUGUUGGAGUUUGCCAUCGUGAUUUGAAGCCUCAAAAUCUUUUGGUUGAUCCUUUGACUCAUCAGGUUAAGAUUUGUGAUUUUGGAAGUGCAAAAGUUCUUGUCAGAGGUGAAGCUAACAUUUCUUACAUAUGUUCGCGUUUCUAUCGUGCACCAGAGCUUAUCUUUGGUGCUACGGAAUACACAACCUCAAUUGAUAUUUGGUCAGCUGGUUGUGUCCUUGCUGAACUUUUGCUGGGCCAGCCAUUGUUUCCCGGAGAAAAUGCUGUGGACCAGCUUGUAGAGAUUAUUAAGGUCCUAGGUACACCCACUAGGGAAGAAAUUCGCUGCAUGAAUCCCAAUUACACAGAUUUUAGGUUCCCACAGAUUAAAGCGCAUCCAUGGCAUAAGGUUUUUCAUAAAAGGAUGCCUCCUGAAGCAAUUGAUCUUGCCUCACGACUACUGCAAUACUCGCCAAGUCUACGCUGUACAGCGCUUGAAGCGUGUGCACAUCCCUUCUUUGAUGAACUUCGAGAAGCUAAUGCUCGCCUUCCAAACGGGCGACCAUUACCGCCACUCUUUAACUUCAAACAGGAAUUAUCUGGAGCUUCACCGGAGCUUAUCAAUAAGUUGAUUCCAGAUCACGUGAAGCGGCGAAUGGGGCUACAACAUAUCAUGCAUCCAGCUGGGACAUAACACUUCAAACGUGAUUAAA